AUAGGUAUUAUAAAAAAAUUGUUCCUAAUGUAGUUUUUAAUAAUAAUUUAUUUAAAACAGUCUGGUUCCCUCUCGAUUAGGUGAUCACUAUGGAUAUUAUUACAAUUGUUAUUUAUUAUAUAUAUAUUUUUUUUAAGUUAUAACUUUUUUUUAUUGAUAUUGGACAUUUUCAAGUAAAUUAUUUUUAUAUUUAUAAUAUAAAAUGAACAAUAAUUCGUCCCAGCCAAAUUGUUUAGUAAACAAUAAUGAUAUUGACUUAAAACCAAUAUUUCUCAGUAAUUCUGUUUAUGAGUUUUGUAACGAUAAGAAGAAUGUAGAUGACCAACUAACUAUAUGGGGUUUGGAUAACACGAACAUCAAUGACACAAGUGCAGCACUGUUCGACAUGAAUUUCAAUGAUUACUGUGAAAAUUUAAACUUUGAAGAACCAAUAUUAAAUAAUAAACAAUGUGAUUGCAAUUGUACUGCAACGUGGCAGCAACUUAAACAAACUUUUGAAUUAACUGAUGAAGAAAUACUGAAGGGAUCUAAUACAUUAAAAUUCAUGUUUCCUGAAGAUAUUUUUUAUACUUUACCCAUUGACCUUACUAAUGACAACCAAGAUGAUAAUUUAGAUGAUUUUCAAUUGGAUGAAGAAUACAUGUAUACCCAAUUAGGAGAUUUUAAUGAUGUUGGCCCAUAUCAGGAAGCAAAUAUUGCUGUAAAGGAAAAAGAAUCAAUUAUUGUUGAUGAACCUAAAGUACAACCAAGUAUCAAAAAUAUCAAAAAACCGAUUAGGCCCGAAAGUAGACAAUAUAAUGUAAAUGAAAAAGAUAUCACAAAAUACAACAACACAAAAGUUGUUAAUAAAAUUACUGGUUCUAAAAACCCCGACCAGGAAAGAACUAAAAAUAUAAAGCAGAAACAAAACUCUAAAAAUAAAUCAAAGUCAUUUAACAAAAAGACUAAACGUUGUGCGGAAAGCAAAUUAAUAGUAAGCUCAAAUAAUAAAAAAGAAGAAAACAGGAUGAUGAACAUGAAGUAUGUAUAUACAUUUGGCGAGGAUUACCGUGGUGGCAUUAAUUAUGGUCAUAAAAAUUGUAUUAAUUUUUGGAUGCCAAUUCCACAUAAUAAAGGUUGGAUUGAUGAUACAUUUUUGGAAGCCGAGAGGAAAAAAACAAUCGACAAGAAAAAAUUACGAAUUGAGGAGGAACAACAGAACAGGAUAAAAGCCAUGGAGACUGAAAAGGCCACGAUAAAAAGAGCAAGACAGGAAAGAACGAUAAUGCGUUUCCCCUCUUCGACUUCUAAAUCCAAAUCUAAGAAAGCAGCAAAAGCUCCUAAAAUCAAGAAAGUGGAGGCGGUUCCCGCAUUCAAAUUGAAUAAAAACCGCAGUGGCAUAUACACGAUGACUAUGAAUUAUUAUACGAAUGACGGGCAAUUGGACAAGACGGAAGAUCCAGUAGUGUUCAAGUUAGCUGACCACACAAAGGAAAUUGACGACGGCGACUCCAAUUCAAGUUUCAACGUAGAAUUCGUCACCCCAACGGCAAUCCACGCAUUGCGUUCGAAAAAACCCGUCAAAGCCAAAGUAGUCCAACCAUCUAUUACGAUCGUCGAAGAAGUCCCAAAACCAGUUAAGUCAGCAAAAAAAAAGAAAGUAUAAAGAAUUGUUGUUCGUAUCGGGCUAUAACUAUAACCGGCAGUGGAAUCAUUAGUAAGUCAAUUAUUUCUAAUAGUAUUUAAAUAAACAGAACCUACUAAAAUUGCUUACCCUUUUCAAUCCUCUUUAAAAGAGGGUAAGUGGCAGUUCGGGUCCUCGUUUAAGUUCUGCGGCAUCGACAGCACCCCGUAUGGAUCAAGUUCUGACAGCAAGCCCAUACGGAUCAAGUUCGGGCGAACAUGGGCUUAAAUAGUAGAGAUUGAAAUCCCGAAUUAUCCAGUUUUAAGACGAUGACCGUAAACUUGUUGUUGAUCUGUGCCAUUUACGUUAUCCGUUAUGGUUCCAACCAAUAGUACUUUUAACUUCGAACACAAUCUAUACAAAUUAUAUUA